UGUUUAUGUUGUAAAAUUUUUGGCAAAUGUCAUAACAAAUACACACACGUGCGAGAGCAAUAAAAAAAAUAAAAUUUUUUGAAGCAAUUUCUAAAGUAAUUACUUAUAAAACCUGGAAAAAUGAGUGACAAUGAAUUGGAAGAUAAAAACAAAUUAAAUACAGAACCAGUAGAUAAUGCAUGGUCGAUGAAAAUACCAAAAUUUCAACAGCAAGAUAAUCCUAACGGCCUCGUCGAAGAAAGUUCAUUCGCGACGCUUUUUCCAAAAUAUCGAGAAAAAUAUUUGAAAGAAGUUUGGCCAUUGGUAAAGCAAAGCCUAUCGGAACAUCAAUUGAAAGCUGAUUUAGAUCUCAUUGAAGGUAGUAUGAUAGUAAAGACAACACGCAAAACUUGGGAUCCAUAUAUCAUCAUCAAGGCACGGGAUAUGAUCAAACUAAUGGCGCGCAGUGUGCCGUUCGAGCAAGCACGUCGCGUACUACAGGAUGAAGUUGGUUGUGACAUAAUUAAAAUUGGCAAUUUAGUGCCCAAAAAAGAAAAAUUCGUAAAGCGACGUCAGCGUUUAAUUGGUCCAAAUGGUGCUACACUCAAAUCCAUUGAAUUGCUCACUGACUGCUACGUCCUUGUACAAGGCAAUACCGUUGCAGCACUUGGACCCUAUAAGGGACUACAACAAGUGCGCGACAUUGUGACCGAAACAAUGAAUAAUGUACAUCCAAUUUACAAUAUAAAAGCAUUGAUGAUUAAGCGUGAAUUAAUGAAGGAUCCAAAACUGAUGAACGAAGACUGGUCACGGUUUUUGCCUAAAUUUAAAAAUAAAAACAUUAGCAAGCGUAAACAGCCCAAAGUUAAGAAACCUAAAAAAGAUUAUACACCAUUCCCUCCAGCGCAACCCGAGAGUAAAAUCGAUAAGGAACUUGCGACUGGUGAAUAUUUCCUUAACAAGGAACAGAAACGUGCACGCAAACAACAAGAACGCGAUACAAAACAUGCAGAUGCAGCCAAAAAGCAAGAAGAAAAGCGCAAUAAAGAUUUUAUACCGCCUGUGGAAGACAAUGUGGGCAGCACAACUAAACGUAAAUCGACUGGUGGUGACAAUGAUGCAGCAAACCGCAAAGUGGAUAUCAAAGCAUUGAAAGCUAAAGUAGCCAAGAAGAUGAAGAACGUCACAUGAUUUUAACGAACUUAUAAUUUUAUUUAAUAAUCUUAACUUAAAUGUUUAUCAAUAAAUAGAUUUUAAGAGAUACAAAGAAGAUCUCUGUAUUACACAUUUUAUUCACAAAAUCUUAUCUGAAGCAAUAAUAAUUUUUUAUAUUUGUCUGAA